AUGGAGAAUUUUGAGGACGGAGAGGAGGAAUAUGCACGAUUCGAAAAACGUCACUUCAACUUAUUGCUACGGAUUGAACGUGGUAUGUCGAUCACUACAAAUGUUUCGCAAUCUCGUGUAAAGCUUCCCGAAUUACGGCUGCCAACGUUUGAUGGCUCUCUCGAAGCUUGGCUGCCUUUUCGCGAUUCUUUUAGUAGCCUGAUUGAUGCUAAUGCAAGCCUGUCAGACGUGGACAAAUUGCGGUAUUUGAAGGGAGCAUUGACAAAGGAAGCAAACAAGCUAAUUGCGGACAUUGAGAUUACUUCGGCUAAUUACAUAGUGGCAUGGGAGCUUCUUAAGGCUCGUUAUGAAAACAAAAAGCUAGCGGUGAAGCGACAUAUUGAUGCUUUGUUUUUGAUACCGGUAAUGAAGAAGGAUUCGUACGAGUCGCUCAUUCACAUUCUAGAUAGUUUCGAGAGAAGCGUCAACAUAACGAAGCAGCUUGGUGUGGCAACAGAGGGUUGGAGUGUGCUUCUGGCGCACAUGCUACAUUCUCGGCUUGAUUCGGCUACUCAAAUGCAUUGGGAGGCUCACCAUCGCAGUACUGACGUUCCAGAAUACUAUGAACUUCUAACGUUCUUGAAGAGUCAUGCGUUAGUGUUGCAGGCAAUGCUGUCUCCAGGCCAAAAGAAAGAACAAUAUACAUCGUCGUGGAAGCAGCGAUCGAAGAGUGAGGUGCACGUGGUAAAUUCUUCUAUGGAGAUAUGCUCGUUUUGUAAAAAAGGUUCACAUUCGCCCUUUAAGUGUGACAUGUUUAGUGGCUGGACAGUACAAGAGCGCUAUGACAAGGUCAAAGAAAAGAAGCUUUGUAUCAACUGUUUGUUGCCUGGGCAUAUUAUGAAGAACUGUUCAUCUAGUGUAUGCCGAGUUUGCAACAAAAAACAUCACACUAUGUUGCACAAACCAGUACAAACCUGUAAUUCAGCUGAAGCAUCUCCUAAUGACCAGGAGAUAGUGACGCAACCGGAUCCACCUGCGGAUCAGAACGUGGUCACAUACUGUGGCAAUGCUUUGCUAACAAAUUCGAUAGAAACACCAUCUACUAUCCUAUUACCCACAGCUUUGGUGAAAAUAGAGUUACCAGACGGAUCGUUGCAUUGGGCACGAGCUCUUUUAGAUGGAGGAUCGCAGAUUAAUCUUGUAACUGAGCGUUUGUGUCAGCGAUUGCAGGUCAUUAAAAAGAGAGAGAACCAUCCAAUUGGCGGAGUUGGACAAAGCAAGCAUGUAUCAUCGCACUCGACACAGCUUACCAUAAAAUCUCAUUGCACUAGCUUCAAGGCAAAUUGGAAAUUUCAUGUAAUGCGUUACAUUACUUGGAAUUUACCUGCAGAGAAAGUGAACAAAACACGUUACUGCAUUCCCAACACUUGUACUCUAGCAGAUCCCAAAUUAUAUGAACCAUCAUCCAUCGAUUUAUUGAUCGGCAGAGAGAGCUAUGAUGAGCUGAUGCUAGAAGGUAUUCUUAAACUGGUACCCGUGAAAGUAAUGCUACAGAACACCGAGUUAGGCUGGAUCGUUUCUGGCAGGGUUGAGCUCGAACGUCGUCCUACAUCCUCUAUAGUAAAUCUGGUAUGUACUAAUCAAGACCUAGAAAAUCAACUAACUACAUUUUGGGAAAUCGAAUCUUGUUAUACAAAUAGCACCAUGUCUAUUGAAGAAACAUCAUGUGAGAAGGUUUUCUCUGAAACAACCACGCGUGAUGAUCAAGGAAGGUUUAUUGUAACGCUUCCUACGAAAAAGGAUAUCGUUCCACAACUCGGAAACUCGUUUGAAAUCGCCAAACGUAGAUUGAACUCGCUAAAUCGUCGUCUUGCAUCAAACAAAGACCUUAAGGCUGCUUAUAUAGCCUUUUUGGAGGAAUAUGUUCAAUUGGGACAUAUGGAAGAAAUCACGGAACAACAUACGAACAUUGACACACCCAUUUAUUACUUACCGCAUCACUGUAUUUUACGCCCUGACAGUUUAACUACAAAGCUUAGAGUCGUGUUCGAUGCGUCUUGUGCUACCGACUCCGGCCUCUCGUUGAAUGAUGCGUUAAUGGUGGGUCCAGUUGUUCAGGAUGAUUUGGUCGCAAUUAUGAUUCGUUUUCGUCUGCCCAAAUUUGCAAUCGUAGCGGACAUCGAAAAGAUGUACCGACAAGUAUGGAUUAAAAAAGAGGAUCGCUCGUUACAAAGAAUCCUUUGGCAGAAUUGUCCCGAAGAUAAGCUUCGAAUAUAUGAGCUAAAAACAAUUACGUAUGGCACUGCAUCUGCUCCUUACUUAGCAACCAAAUGUUUGCAAAUGCUUUCCGUUCAUGGAACUUCUACUCAUCCGGAAGCCUCUAGAGUACUGGCAAAUGAAUUUUAUAUGGACGACUUGUUUACCGGAGUAGAAACUCAAACAGAAGGAGAAGAAUUAUGCCAUCAACUAACUGACUUGUUGUCGAGUGCUGGUUUUACUUUGAGAAAAUGGGCGUCUAACUCUUCCCAAAUUCUGCAAAGUAUUCCCGUAGACCAACGCGAUACUUCUGGAUUGUGCAGCCUUGACAUAAAUAGUUCCAUUAAGACAUUGGGUCUUAAAUGGAUCCCAGCGACCGAUGAUUUGGAAUUCUGCGUACCGAUUUGGACAGAAGAUGAACAAAUAACAAAGCGGAUCGCCUUAUCAGAUGCAUCGCGUCUAUACGAUCCAUUGGGACUCAUAGGUCCAACAAUAAUGAUAGCCAAAUGCUUUAUGCAAAAUCUUUGGGCACAACAAAAGGCAUGGGAUGAGCCGCUAGAAAAAGAAUUGCAUAAACAAUGGAAUCAGUUUCGCCAACAGCUCUCAAUUGUGAAAGACAUGCGUAUCCCACGUAGAGUGGUAGGAAGUACCCAUCGCAUCGAAAUCCAUGGUUUUAGUGAUGCGUCUAUGAAGGCUUAUGGAGCCUGUUUAUAUAUGAAAUCGGUCUCUGAGGAUGGAAAAGUUUCUGUUAACCUUUUGUGCUCUAAAUCCAGAGUUGUUCCACUCGCAAAUAGCAAACGACAGAAGAACGUCACUUUACCUCGGCUGGAAUUAUCUGCAGCUUUAUUGUUAUGCCAUCUCUGGCAAAAGGUUAAAGAUAGUCUUAAACACGAGUAUUCGUGUUUCUACUGGGUGGAUUCGACCAUCGUGCUUCACUGGAUAAACAGUAGCCCAUCACGCUGGAAGCCAUUUGUUGCUAAUCGGGUGUCUGAAAUCCAGCAUCUGACGGAACCUAGACAUUGGAAUCAUGUUCCUGGGGAUCAAAAUCCAGCUGAUAUCAUCUCUAGAGGAAUGAUGCCGAGUCAAUUGCAAGAAUCAUGCCUAUGGUGGCAUGGACCAGAGUGGUUAAGCCAACCAUCCAAUACUUGGAAGCUACAUCAUCCAAUACUCGAUUGCCCACCCUCUGAGUUUGAAGAACGGAAGACUGUUCUGAUCAUUAACAAACAGUCUAAUAUUCAUCAUCCAAUAUUUAGCUUAAAAUCGACAUUCUCCGGACUCGUUAGACUGAUGGCAUAUAUGCAACGGUUUAGCUACAACUGUAAACCUGUUAAUAGAAACAAUCGUCGUCAAGGCUACCUUCAAACAUUUGAACUACAUGCAGCAAGAGAGAAUUUGGUACGCAUUGCACAGAACGAAUCUUUUGCUGAUGAUAUUCGGUCUCUCGAAACUGCUGGAGAAGUCAAAACAUCGUCAUCUUUAAGAUCAUUGACACCAAUGCUUGUUAACGGUGUACUACGCAUUGGGGGACGUCUUCGAAAUGCUCCUGUUGCUUACGAUCGGAAACACCCAAUGAUACUGCCCUACAACCAUCCAUUGACACGUCUUGUCAUGGAUUUCUAUCAUCUUAAAACCUUACAUGCCGGACAACAACUGUUGAUUGCUUCUGUUCGAGAGAAAUACUGCCCUUUACGCGUUCGAAACCUUGCUCGGCAAGUAGUACACGAGUGUAUCCAGUGCUUCCGUUGUAAACCAUCGACAAUGGAACAGAUAAUGGGAGAUUUACCCGCAGAACGAGUUACUCCAACUUUUCCGUUCCUGAACACUGGUGUCGAUUUCUGUGGACCUCUGUUUUAUCGUUCGGCGUCCAGGAAAUCUGCUCCGGUGAAGUGCUACGUUGCAGUAUUUGUGUGCCUGGCCACGAAGGCUAUCCAUCUAGAAUUGGUAGCUGAUUUGUCGUCGGAUGCGUUCAUAUCAACACUGAAACGAUUUGUCGCUCGUCGGGGAAAACCAUCUCUUCUUCAGUGUGAUAACGCUAAAAAUUUUCGUGGAGCGGAACGAAAAUUGAAAGUGUUUCAUCAACAACUGCAGCAACAACAAUUUCAACAAUCAAUUUCGUCGUAUUGCGGUCCAGAAGGUAUAGAGUUUCGUUUUAUCCCUCCUAGGUCUCCCCACUUUGGUGGAAUCUGGGAGGCCGCCGUCAAGUCUUUUAAGCAUCAUUUUAGAGCUACUAUUGGAACUUCGAUCCUGCGUCGAGACGACUUAGAGACGAUCAUCGCCCAGGUGGAAAGCUGCUUGAAUUCGCGCCCUUUGACCCCCAUCAGCACGGAACCCGAGGAUUUGGAGGUGCUUACUCCAGGGCAUUUCCUGAUCCAUCGUCCUCUGGUUGCUGUUCCUGAACCUUCAUACGAGGAAGUGCCAUCUAAUCGCCUGGAUAGAUAUCAACAGAAUCAGGAAUUCGUGAGAAGCAUUUGGAACCGAUGGAGUACAGACUACCUGUCUGGCUUGCAGCCCCGCACGAAGUGGACGAAACAACGGGACAACAUCCAAAUCGGAACUCUCGUGUUGAUGAAGGAAGACAACUUGCCACCGUUGAAAUGGAGUUAUGGACGGGUAACUCAAAUCUACCGAGGAGACGACGGCAACAUCCGCGUGGUCACGGUGAAGACAAAGGACGGCGAAUACAAACGAGCAAUUACGAAAAUCUGCGUUUUGCCCAUCCAUUCCAACACGGAAUAAGUGGUGGAAAUUUCAAUUUCCACGGGGGCCGGCUAUGUUAAGAAUGCUUGGCAUCAUGGCCGCUGACAGCCACCGAGUGACGCAACCUGCGCGCUGACAGAUUACCGCGUUUUUGAACUGUCAAACCACAAGCCGAAGCGUUGUGUGAGUGUGUGUUCGCUAGGAGAUCGAGAACAGAGCACAUGCAGAAAGUUGAUCGCAAAUAAAACAUCGUAAAAAACCCACAGAACAGUGCCGCAUUAGAGUUGGAAUCAUUUCGCUUAUUUCAAUUAACAUGUAUAAAAAAGGGUUAUUCUGAAAGCCUUGCCGGAUAUUAUAGCAGAGUUAAUGAAUUACUAACCGCUAUGAUAGCACAAGUUCAAACGGAUAGCAAAUAUUCCCUCCACGCGAACGUUAAUAUAAAUUAUUUUAGGGAGAAUGCUAUGGACUCAUUUAUUAGAGGUCUUGAAAAACCGUUAUCUACACUGUUAAAAACUGCUGACCCGAAGACCCUUAGCAAAGCAUAUCAAUUUUGCCUUAAUUACUUUAAUAUGGACAUUCGAUCAGCACCUUAUAAGAAUCAGUAUGGUAAUCAAAAUUCUUCUAAUGCUCCUAAGCCAAAAGAUCUAGGGUACGAACCGCAACCCUCCAGGGUAGCACCUAGAAAAAUUGUAUACCAACCAACACCCCCUCCCAGAACAGCCCCUCCAGCUCCACGUCCAGCUCCACGAUACCAUCCAGCUCCACAUUACGUUCCUAAUCACCAAUAUACACUGAGCCAAUGGAGGUAGACCGAAGCACAAAUUCAAGAAAUAUUAAUUAUGGAAAUAGACCCUCGUAUGGGGAAAAAAAACCAAGACCUGCAUCAAGCCAGGAAGCAUGGGUAAAGAGACAAGCUCACCCAUAGCAAGCUCAUCAAAUGGAUAGCAAUGACUACCAUUUACAAGAACAGAUCAGGGACCAGUUCACUGAUGAAUAUGAUAUUACAGAAAACAAUCAAAAUAUAAAUUUACAGCACGACCAUGAUCCGCAAGAGGGAUCAAGUAGAAAUCAUCAGAACCAUUUUUUAGAGUGGGAGAUGAGUUGGUAGUUCCCUGUCUUCCGUUUAUUAAAUUCAAAACUACCAUUGGAACUUUUCCAUUCUUAAUAGAUACAGGUGCUAAUAUUAAUUUAAUAGAUCCAAAAUUAGCACAUUCAUACGAACACAGCAAGCCGUACAAAUUUUCUAUAGGCCAAAUUAGUAGUGCAAACAGUAAAUUUUCUCCCACAUAUGCCAUUGAUAUAAAUUUUUUCCAUCCUAAAAUUGAUUUUGAAGAUCGCUUUUUACUUCACCAUUUUCAUAAUUAUUUUUAUGGUAUAAUUGGCAACAGCAUGAUGAAAGCUUUGGAUGCUAUAAUAGACCUAGGAAAAGAUCAAAUAACAUUAACUAGAAACGGCAACAAGUUUGUUGUCCCAAUUUCAUAUUAUUCACCGCAUAAUCAUUCUUCUCACAAUUUAAUCCGAACAUCUCACCUCUCAAAAUUGGAGUCAGAAAAACUAAAAAAGGUGUUGGAGAAAAAUAGCCAUUCAUUUUAUAAACCAGAUACUAAAUUAACUUGUACAACUAAUAUCGAAUGUGCAAUACACACUACGGAUAACUCCCCAGUUCAUCAAAGAAUUUAUCCUUACCCUGCUGCAUAUGCUGACGAAGUAAAUAAGCAAGUGGAAAAAUUAUUAGAAGAUGGAAUUAUUAGACCGUCUCACUCGGCUUGGACAUCCCCGGUAUGGAUUGUACCAAAAAAGUCAGAUGCGUCAGGGCAAAAAAAAUCCGAAUGGUUAUAGAUUAUCGCAUGUUAAAUGCCAAAACCAUCUCUGAAAAGUACCCAAUGUCUGAGAUAAACUACGUAAUAGACCAAUUAAAAGGAAAAAAAUAUUUUUCAACGUUGGAUUUAGCUUCCGGAUUACACCAAAUUAAGAUGAAAGAAUCGGAUAUCGAUAAAACAGCAUUCGCUAUUAAUAAUGGCAAAUACGAAUUCACUAGAAUGCCAUUUGGCUUAAAAAACGCUCCAGCGAUAUUCCAAAGAGCGAUUGAUGAUAUUUUGCGAAAUUUUAUUGGAAAGAUAUGCUACGUCUAUAUAGAUGACGUUAUAGUUUUUGGAGAUAGUUUGGAUAACCAUCUAGAAAAUUUAGAUACAAUUUUGAAAACAUUAAAUAAUGCAAGGUUAAAAAUUCAAUUAGAUAAGUCAGAAUUCCUUCGUCAAGAGGUAGAAUUUCUAGGUUUUAUUAUUAGCACUGACGGAAUAAAACCUAAUGAGAACAAAAUUGUCGUAAUAAUAAAUACCCCGUGCCCAAAACUAUUAUGGAUUUGCGUGCAUUUUUAGGAUUAAUGGGCUACUAUCGACGAUUUGUCAAAGAUUUUGCCAAAAUAGCAAAACCUCUGACAAACAUUUUAAGGGGGAAGGGAUCUGACACAUCGAAAAAGAAAAUUACUUUAGACUCACAUGAAAUUGAAUGUUUUAAUAAAAUGAAACAAGUAUUGUCAUCAAGCGAUAUUUUAAUUUAUCCAGAUUUUAAUAUGCCAUUUAUUUUAACAACAGACGCCUCAAAUUUCGCAAUAGGAUCAGUUCUCUCUCAAGGUGAAUUAGGCAAAGACAAACCAAUCCACUUCGCCUCAAGAACCUUAUCGAGGACAGAAGAGAAAUAUUCAGCUCCCGAGAAAGAGAUGCUUGCUAAUUUUUGGUCAUUGCAAACGUUCCGUAACUAUCUUUAUGGAGCGAAAGUUAAAAUAGUAACCGAUCACCAACCCCUGACUUUUGCACUAUCACCGAAAAAUACGAAUGCCAAAUUAAAGCGUUGGAAAGCUUAUUUGGAAGAACAUGAUCAUGAGAUUUUAUACAAGCCUGACAAAGGAAAUGUUGUGGCUGAUGCCCUCAGUAGAAUAGUAUUCUCUGUUUCUGGCACACAACAUUCUGCAGAAAAUAGCCAAGAUUUCUACAUUAUCUCUACAGAAGCCCCAUUAAAUGUUUUUCAGAAUCAGAUCAUACUAAAGGAAGGGAAACCGAAAACAGUAUUCGAAAACCCUUUCCCAAAUUUUUAACGAACUAUCAUUUAUACAGAUACAUUAACUGAAUCCUCGUUUUUACAGAUUCUUAAGGAUCAUUUCAUAUUAACAAAAAUAAACGGUAUUUUAACGAGCGAAGAAAUUAUGGGUAAAUUUCAAGAUGUUUAUAGAAGGUUUUAUGGAAAUCAGAAACUCCUUAAAAUCCGUUUUACACAAAAGCUCCUGGAAGAUGUAUCGGACGAAAAUCUACAGAUGAAUAUAAUUACGGCAGUGCAUAACAGGGCACACCGUGGAGCCCAGGAAAAUAAGUCGCAAAUUUUACGCAAAUACUAUUUUCCCAAGAUGCAAGCCAAAAUAAAAAAAAUUGUUUCUAAUUGCAGUAUAUGCAAUGAAAACAAAUACGAUCGUAACCCGAUUAAAUUUCCUCAACAAAACACUCCCAUACCAAAAGCACCAUUUGAGAUUGCUCACAUUGAUGUGCUUUUUUGGAAAAACAUUUUUUCCUCACCUACAUCGAUAAGUUUUCAAAAUUUGCCCAAGUUAAGUUGAUUCAAUCGCGAGCAGCCGUUGAUAUAGUUUCAGCUGUAAAGGAAAUUUUAACAAAGUACCACCCGCCAAAAAUAUUAGUUAUGGAUGGUGAAAAAUCAUUCGGCACUCAGGAUUUAACCAACUUCUACAAAGUCCACAAUAUUCAGACCUACUUAACCGCUACUGGUCGAAGCGAGAUGAACGGUACGAUAGAAAGAUUUCACUCAACCUUGCUCGAAAUUUAUCGUAUUACAAAAUCCGAACAAAAAGAUAUGCCCAUCCCUGACCUUGUCCAAUCCUCAGUUCAUAAAUACAAUUCAUCAAUCCAUUCCACAACUAAACAUACUCCAUAUGAAAUUAUCCUACCUUCCUUCCGGUCAUCUGAUAUUUGCGAGAACGUUUAUAAGAAUUUAAAUACCAAGAAGAAACACGAUCUUUUGCUAUACAAUAAAAACAAAAGGGAGAUAACAAUACCAAUUGCUAGAACGAUUUAUGAAAAGACUAGGGCUAGAUUAAAAUACAAACCAAGAUACAAAAAGAUUAAAGUUAAAAAUGUUAAUAGGAGCACAAUUACAACCGAAGAAUCUCGCAAAGUUCAUAAAAAUGACCUAAAAAUUAGAUAACGGUCGAUGGCACCUUUAUACUAACUUCAGAUAGCUUUUCCUUUUUUAUUACAGUUUACUCCUUUCAUUAUGCUACCUAUAUCCAUCCAACGGACAGAAUAUAUCCAUAGAUAAAGUAGACAAUCGAAUUGAUGAUAGGAAUUGAUGUAGGGCCUGCAAGAAUCAAAAUUGAUAGUUAUCAUUAUGUUCACCAUUUCAAUAUCACUGCAUACAAAAGUUAUUUUCAGACAAUAAGGUACGAUUUCGAAAAAAUAGCCCCAACUCAGUUUACACCGAUAAUAAAAAAAUCAAUUAGAUCAUUUGAACACCCUCCUUAGAAAGCUCUCUCCAGUCAAUCGUUUUAAACGUUGGGAUUCCGUUGGUACUGUUUGGAAGUAUUUAGCAGGGAACCCUGACGCUAAUGACCUUAGAAUAAUAAACAGCAGUUUAAACGACCUGAUAGAUAACAACAACAAACAAAUAACCAUAAAUAGACAGUUUAAUAACAAAAUUAAAGAGUUAGCUUUUAACACAGUCAAGGCUAUAGAGCAAUCAAAUUCAUUAGAAACCCAUUCAAUUGUUAUAUAUAUAUAUGCACUUAGAAAAAAUUAUAGAAUCUGUUCAAGGAAUUAUAGAUAGUAUAGAGUCACACAGUCCAUCGCUUAAUGCACCAGACGACAGCGGUCUCCAGUGACAAGCGACCGUGGGACCGUGCGGAAGCGUUUUUCAGAAUUCCCGAUCCCAUAAAGUCGAUUCCGACUUAUGACGGAAACAAGAAACAAUUAUCAGCGUGGCUGAGCACAGCUGAAAACACGCUAAACAUUUUUAAAAAUUUAGUUCCAGAACCGCAAUUUAAUAUCUUUGUAACAGCAAUUAUUAAUAAAAUAGAGGGAAAAGCCAAGGAUAUAAUAUGCCUAGCAGGAAACCACCAAAAUUUUGACGAAAUCAAAGUGAUUUUAACAAACGCCUUAGGAGAUCGUCAAGAAAUGACUUAUUACAAAGGUCAACUCUGGCAAACAAAGAUGACGGAGAACAUGACCAUUCAUAAAUAUUAUAGUAAAAUAAAUGAAAUACUCCAAAAUAUUAAAUUCCAGGCAAAGCAGAAAGAAAAGUUUCGCAAUAAUUGGGAUGCGAUAAACGCAUUUAUUGACGAAGAUGGCUUAGCCGCCUUUUUAUCCGGCUUGAAACAGCCAUACUUUGGGUAUGCGCAAGCCGCGUGUCCAGAGGAUUUAGAGGCAGCAUACGCCUUUGUAUGCAAAUUUAGAUGUAAUGAAGCCACCGCUAACGCGGAACUACAAAGGACAAAAGAAAGAAAAGAAUUUUCUAAAGAACAUUUUUAUCAGAACCAUCCCAUUAAGGUAACUAGAGAUGGGAAACAGUUUUCGAAAAACUACGAAACAAAACCGACAGAUAAAUUUCUUGCAACUUAUCGUUCUAACGAUAAAAAUGAAAUCAAACAAUCGUUUCCACAACCAAUGGAAGUGGAAUCUACAAAAAGUAAAUUAACAUUAAAUCGAAAGCAGCUUCAUAAUAAUGAAGUGCAUCAUACUGAUAGCCAAUCCGAGUCUGAAGAAGAAGAAGAUAGAAACGUGGAUUUGAAUUUUUGUUGGGUACAAAAGACACACAGAAUAACUUAGACUAUUUGCCCUACAUAAGUAGCACGAAUACAAAAACAAAUAAGACUAUUAAUCUACUAAUCGAUACCGGGGCAAAUAAAAACAUAAUUUCUCCAGGUAUUAUAGAAAAUUGCAUCCCUACGAAAAACAAAAGCAUUAAAAAUGUUGCUGGAACUUACAAUAUCAAAGAAAAGGGGAAAGCUAAUCUUAUCGGUUGCAAUCUUCCAGCACAAACUUAUUACGUGUUAAAGUUUCACAAUUUUUUCGAUGGCCUAGUAGGAUCGGAAGAAUUGGCAAAGAACAGAGCGAUAAUAAAUUACAAUACCGAAGAAAUUGAAAUUAUAGGCAAUAAAUUGUCAUUUAAAAAGUAUUUCCCAGCAAAGAAAUUGUUCGCCUAUUCUGCAGAAAUUGCUACGACAAAAGAUGGUGAUUGGUUUGUUCCAAGUUUCAUGAAACUUACUGACUCAACAAUCAUUGAGCCCGGACUAUAUAAUUCAAAUAAAGGAAAAACCACAGUAAGAAUUCUUACAAGUAAAAAGACGAAACCAACGUUUACUAGCUUAUUGGACAUAAAAGUAAACAAUUUUGAAACCAUAACGCCGAUACCAUCAGCAUCAGAAAACAGAUUAUCUGAGGAUGACCUGAAUAAAUGCAUACGAACAAAUCACUUGUCAGAAUUUGAGAAGGACAAACUUUUCAAAACAAUUUUGGAAAAUCAAAAGGUUAUUUUGAAAGCAAGAGAGAAAUUAACAGCCACUCCAGAAAUUCAACACAAAAUUCCUACGAUAGAUAACCAACCAGUUUACACCAAAACGUAUAGGUUCCCUUUCUCAUUUAAGAAAGAUGUUGAGGAGCAAAUUAUUGAACUUCUCAAAAAUGGUAUCAUAAGCCAUUCAGCUAGCCCAUAUUCUUCUCCUAUUUGGGUAGUCCCCAAGAAAGGUGACGCGUCAGGCAAACGGAAAAUUAGGGUAGUAAUAGAUUAAAGGAAAUUAAAUGAGAAAACGAUAAGUGAAAAAUUUCGGAUCCCACAGUUCGAAGAAAUUUUAGACAGUUUGGGAAAAGCUAAUUAUUUCACUACAAUUGAUUUACAAUCCGGAUUCCACCAGAUAGAAAUGGACCCAAAAGAUAAAGAAAAAACCGCAUUUUCCACUGCAUUAGAACAUUUCCAUUUCAAUAGAAUGCCGUUUGGAUUGAAAAAUGCACCCGCUACAUUCCAACGCGCAAUGAAUAACAUUCUACGAGAUUACACUGGAACCAUCGCCUUUGUUUACCUCGAUGACAUAAUCGUGAUAGGAAACGACAUAAAAUCGCAUUUGGACAACUUAUCAAAAAUUCUGAAAAGGCUUGCCGAUUUUAAUUUGAAAAUACAGUUAGACAAAUGUGAGUUUAUGAAAAGGGAAACCGAAUUUCUCGGACAUGUUAUCACACAAGACGGAAUAAAACCUGACCCAGAAAAAAUAAAAAAAAUAUUAGAUUGGAAAUUACCCGAAAAUGCUAAACAAAUAAAGCAAUUUCUUGGACUUUCAGGAUAUUAUAGGAAAUUUAUAAAAGAUUAUUCUAAGAUUGUAAAACCAAUAACAAAAUAUCUCAAGAAAAAUCAAACUUUAGACGUCAAAUGUCGUGGCAGAUGCCUUGAGCAGAAAAAUAGAAUGUAACAAAAACGAAACUAAUCGAAUUUUUUCUAUUACAGAUACGGAAGACAGCCAAAGUGAAGAGAACAAUAAUCCUCUUCUCGAUGAAAACCAUAACCCAUCGCAUGAAGAAAACAAUAACCCUUCUUCUUUUUUAGCACACAACAACACAAACGGUUCAGAGAAUAUGAUAAUACAAUCAUCUUCAUUACAAACGAUUCAUUCAGCGGAAGAUUCGUCAGAUUUCUACAUUCAUUCAAGUCUGAGACCAGUGAACUACUACAAAAACUAAAUCAUUUUUAAAAUUGACCAUUCUAGUUCGAUCAGUGUAGAGUCCCCUUUCGGAAACAUCAAAAGAACGAUAGUCAUUCAACCAGAAUUCACAAUACAGGAUAUAACGGGCUACUUACUGAAAUAUCAUAACGGAAAACAAACUGGAAUACUCGCACCUGAAAUGUUGAUACAAACUAUUCAAGAAGCAUUCAAAAGAAAUUUAAAAGUUAAAGGACAUUUUGUAAUGUGCUUCUUUCUAGUAGAAGACGUCAUAGAAACAAACAGGCAAAACCUAUUAAUAUCAACAGAACACAGUCGUGCUCACAGAGGAAUCACUGAGGUAGAAGCUAAAUUAAAAAGAUCUUACUUUUUCCCAAAAAUGCAGCAACGCAUAAAGCAAUUCACAAAUAGUUGCGAAGUGUGUAAUACACAUAAAUACGAGCGAAAGCCUUACAACAUUAAAAUAAGCCCAAGGCCCAUAACAGAAAAGCCGCUAGAUAGAGUGCAUAUAGAUAUUUUCAUAAUAAACCACGAAAGCUUUCUCUCUGUAAUAGACGCUUUUUCAAAACACCUCCAAAUGUAUUCACUUAAACAUAAAAACCUAAUAGAUGUACAAAAGGCUAUGACAAAAUAUUUUAGCACCUUCGGUUCACCACGUCAAAUUAUAACGGACCAUGAAACAACUUUCCGCUCACUUCAAUUUAAAAAUUUUCUAACCCAGUUAGGUACUUCUUUAGAAUACGCAUCUUCAUCGGAGUCCAACGGCCAGAUAGAAAGAACCCAUUCAACAAUAAUAGAAUUGUACAAUACCAAUAAGCACAAAUUUCCCCGUGCAGGAACAAAACAGCUAGUAAAAAUCGCCGUAACUCUGUACAACGAAACGAUACAUUCCGCAACUAAAUUUACACCUAAUGAAAUAAUGUUCAACCAAAAUAGUGAACUAAACCCAGAACAGAUCAGAAGCAAUGCGCAGAAAAUUUUUGAGGAAGUCAAAAACAACCUCCUUAGGUCACAUAAUAGAGUAAUUAAAUCUAAUUCAACAAAAGAAAAUCCGCCUAAGAUUGAUGAGAAUCAGGACGUGUUUGUACUACCAAAUAUAAGAACCAAAACCCAACCGAGAGCUCAUAAAACUACAGCACAUCAAAUAACUGAUAAAACAUUCAAAAAUAUUCGAGACAUAAAACGAAACAAAAGCAAGAUAAAAAGAUUCAAGAAAAAUACCUAAUUUAUAAAUUUUACUGUGUAUCUUUACAGAUGAUUUUAGUUCUGAUUUCAACAAUCAUGUUUUUAACGGCAAAUGCAACCACAAGCUAGCUAGAAAUACGCAACUUAGGAAAUGAUCCCUUACUUUUGAUUAAAAGAAAAUAAUGUAAAAUCGUAACUGGAGUUAUUAAAGUGGUUCAUCCCAUUAAUCUGACAGUAAUAGCAGAAAGCAUAACGAAAUUCAACAAUAUCGCUAAAAGCUUAGAUAAAAAAUUACCAUUGACCAAGAUAGCCACUCGCCGAGUCGAAACAUUAAUGUACAAUUUUUAUGAAAUCAAGCCACUAGAGCGAAAUAAGAAAAAACGUUGGGACACCUUGGGAGCAGCAUGGAAAUGGCUAGCAGGUUCACCAGACGCAGGCGAUCUUCGGCUCAUCAAUACAUCAAUGAAUGAACUCAUUUCUGCUAACAAUCUACAAGUCCAAAUCAACGACAUGCUAAACGUACGGAUUCAAAAGCUGGUGGAUACCAUACAAGAAAUAACGAAACAAUCCUUACUGAACAAUAUCAUAAUGAAAGAGUACGAAACGAUAUUGUUUCUUCUAAAUGUAGAAAGCCUCAACUCUAUAAUUCUAGAAAUCCAGGAUGCCAUACUAAAGGCAAAAGCAAACAUACCAUAAAACAAACUUCUAUCAUUCAGGGAAAAAUUAUUGAUUGAAUCGAUAAUUCAAAAACAAAGAAUAUCAACUUCCUUUCCAGAAGAAGCGCUUGCCUACGUCACUACGAAAAUAGCAACAAAAAAAGAUAUUCUUUUUUUUUUUUUUUAUUCAGGAGUAACGGUCCAAAAAGGCCGUAUUGCUUAAAGAUAUUCUUUUGUACAUCAUUGAAAUACCACAAUUAGAAUCCGGUGUUUCCGAUAUAAUCACCAUACAUCCGCUUAUCAUCAAUGGUACUAGAAUAGUGAAUAUCCCUACAAGAAUCAUAAAGACAGCAGAAAAGUUAUACACCACAUCAAAACCAAACGAUUUUGUCCAGUACCAAGAGUACCUUCAAGAGAUUUAUGACGAAUGUUCAGUCUCCAUUAUACAAGGGAAAGUCAGUCACUACCACAUUACAAAUGACAACAACACACUUAUCGAUCUAAUUGCCCAAAAUAAGGUGUUAAUCAACAAUGCAUAUAAGCUCUUACUCCGUUCAGAUUGUGGACCGCAUGACCGCUACAUAUCUGGUAACAGUCUGUUGACGUUUAAUAAUUGUAGCGUAACCCUUAACAAUCGGACAUUCGUUUCUAAAUCAAUAUUAUCCACCGAAGAAGAUAUACAAGGAGCUUUUCUAAACUUGGAAGUUAACAGAAGCCUCUCACUCAACCUGCAGACCCUGAAGGAAGAAAACAUGAUACACAGAAAAAUGAUAGAUCAUUUGAAACUGUCAUAGAAUGAGCAUAAAAACUGGAUAUUAAGCAUUAUUGGAGGUCUUUCGAUAACUACAACAAGCUUGAUUAUACUAAUAGCCUACAUGUGCCUAUGCCAGAAGAAGAUAGUACGAAAGCAUCGUUGCAGAAAACAUAAGAAUAGCCAAGGCCGAGGACGUCCUUCUUCAACCCCCGGAGAAGUCACACAGUCCAUCGCUUAAUGCACCAGACGACAGCGGUCUCCAGUGACAAUCGACCGUGGGACCAGACGACAGCGGUCUCCAGUUGCAAGUCAGCGCAACGCGGCUCCCGCAGGCCACCUGGGCUUGAAGCGUGUUUACCGGUAGUUGUAAUUUGGAGUUAGAAUAAACAGGUUCUCUCUACUUAGACUCAUUAUUAAAGUUUGGACAAAAGCGAAUAUUGUUAAUGAAAAGAUUUUGUCAGAUUUGGAAAUGAAUUUGCUAGAAAAAACCUUACAAUCUGAAAACAUACCCUUCACAACGAAAGCUAAAGCUCUCACGUUCAUCGAAACCUCAAUCGCCACCAAUAAUCGCGAAAUAGUUUUGCUACUAAAAACCCCUAAACUCGACCCCAGAAUCUUCCGUAAAGUCAAAAUCUAUCCUAUGUUGUACCAUCAAGGGCGAAUCCACCUGGACCACACAUCAUACGUCAUUAACGGAAACAUUAGCUACAUGGUAAACAGUCUCAAUCAAUACGUAUAUUCCAUGAGUGAAGUCAAUCAAGAUCGAUCAGAAUGUGUACCAAGGUUAAUUGGAGGACAACAAGCUUCAUGCAAUUUUACAAAACAGCCACGUACAUUUGAAGCGUUUCGAGUAGGCGACCAAGCCGUGUUGAUCAACUCAAUCCAAAAUUUCUCGCUUUUCAACAAUUGCGGAACCAGCAAUAGAACGUUAAAGGGAUCAUUCGUCGUCAGAACAAACUCAUGCGACGUAUGGAUAAAUGAUGUACAAUUCUCAUCGAAGGUGGUAGAAAUGAUAGGCGAGCUCUCGUUAUAUCAGUUGGACGGAAUAGUCGUCAAUAAGCAGCACGAGGUUAUCAAUAUGUCUAUCGAACACCUUCUAGACCUACACCUUGAAACAAGGAAAGAACUCGAGCACAUUCGUUUAGAGAACCAAUCGCUAUCCAUCACCUGGCCAUCCAUAAGCCUUUUGGGAGGAACGUCGAUCCCUCUUGUCAUAUGCAUUGUAAUUUUGCUGCUAUGUUCCGGGGACGUCAACAACAUAAGGGCGAGUUAGCACAUCGGCAUCAAACUGCUGAUGCGGCGGGUUGAAUAACUUGGGUAUCGAUCGAUCAGCAGAUAUAUGCAUAUCGAUACCGUUAGCCGACCGGUCAUAUUAAGCGUUGGUAACAAAUAAUGGAAAAUAAAGUCAGUUGGUUUCUAGCA